GAGCCAACACUCCGCCGUUCACUCCCCUCUACUCGUCGUCUUCCUCGGCGCGGGCGCUCUAGCUCUUCCCAGUCUCGGCCUCCGAGCUCCACCACACAAGCCGCUCGCCUGUCCCUGGCCUCCAGCUCCUCCGCCUCCCGGGCCCCCGCUCCGUGCCGCCGCAGAAACCUGCGGCCACACGUACCCAGCGCAGAUCUUUCUUCCACCCGCGCUUAAUUUCCCUCGUGCUCGCGCCGCUCGCCAUCGCCCUCGUCUACCACUGUUCUGCCUUGUUUGUUCGGCUGUUUCUCUUCAACCCCCAACGACUUCUGGCGCGUCGGAUCCCGUGAUGUCUGGGUACAUCGCUUCCUCGUCCGCGGCGUUCCUCUUGCUCGUGGCCUCCUCCUCCUGCUCCUCCUCGUCGCCGCGGCGCUGGCGGAGCAGCUCACCGCGCUCUUUCGCUGCCGCCGGUACGCGGCUGCAUUGGGAACGGCGAGGAUUCUCUCGGGACGGACCGGUGCCGUGCCGGAGCCCCUGCGCAGCAGCUGGUGGUGAGGAUGGCGCGGCGGCAGGGGAGAGCUCGAAGGAGGGGGUCGCUGGGCUGCGCGGCAAGCUCAAGGCUGCUGAAAAUGAGGAUCCGGUUUCACAAAAAUCAGUUGCAUCUGCACCCAGGCUAGACAGUAGCGUUGCAGAGCAAAAUGGGGCAGCUGCGACCAGAUCCAAAGCCGAUCCGUCAGCUCCUGUCUCGGCGGCAGCAUCAGGUUAUUGGAAAGACGUCGUUGUCGCUGAACAGGUUGGAACUAAGGUUGACACCGGUGGAGAUGCAGCAGAAGUGUCGAGAUCUCCCGUUGACAGUGAGAACAAGGGGUCUGCUCCUUUGGCUGGCCCGAAUGUGAUGAAUGUCAUCGUUGUGGCUUCUGAGUGUGCUCCUUUCUGUAAAACAGGCGGGCUUGGAGAUGUCGUGGGUGCUUUGCCCAAGGCUCUGGCCAGAAGAGGGCAUCGCGUUAUGGUUGUGAUACCAAAGUAUGGCGAUUACGCAGAAGCUCGUGAUCUUGGUGUUCGCAAACGUUACAAGGUAGCUGGCCAGGAUUCAGAAGUGAGUUACUUUCACUCUUAUAUCGAUGGAGUUGAUUUUGUAUUCUUAGAGGCCCCGCCCUUCCGCCACCGGCACAAUGAUAUUUAUGGAGGAGAAAGACCGGAUGUGCUGAAGCGCAUGAUUUUGUUCUGCAAGGCUGCUGUCGAGGUUCCUUGGUACGCUCCAUGUGGUGGUACUAUCUACGGAGAUGGCAAUUUGGUCUUCAUUGCAAACGAUUGGCAUACUGCACUUCUACCUGUUUAUCUAAAGGCAUAUUACCGAGACAAUGGCCUGAUGCAGUAUACUCGUUCUGUUCUCGUGAUCCAUAACAUUGCUCAUCAGGGACGUGGCCCUGUAGAUGACUUCAACAUCAUGGACUUGCCUGACCACUACAUGGGUCACUUCAAACUGCAUGACCCCCUUGGUGGCGAGCACAACAACGUGUUCGCUGCUGGCCUGAAGAUGGCAGACCGGGUGGUCACCGUCAGCCAUGGCUACAUGUGGGAGCUGAAGACGGUGGAAGGCGGCUGGGGCCUCCACGACAUAAUAAACCAGAACGACUGGAAACUGGACGGCAUCGUGAACGGCAUCGACACGGCCGAGUGGAACCCCGCGGUCGACGUGCACCUGCACUCCGACGACUACACCAACUACACUCGGGACACGCUGGACAUCGGCAAGCGGCAGUGCAAGGCGGCCCUGCAGCGCGAGCUGGGCCUGCAGGUCCGCGAUGACGUGCCGCUCAUCGGGUUCAUCGGGCGGCUGGACCACCAGAAGGGCGUGGACAUCAUCGCGGCGGCGAUGCCGUGGAUCACGCAGCAGGACGUGCAGCUGGUGAUGCUGGGCACGGGGCGGCCGGACCUGGAGGACAUGCUGCGGCGGUUCGAGGGGGAGCACCGGGACAAGGUGCGCGGGUGGGUGGGGUUCUCGGUGCGGAUGGCGCACCGGAUCACGGCGGGUGCGGACGUGCUCCUCAUGCCGUCGCUGUUCGAGCCUUGCGGGCUGAACCAGCUGUACGCGAUGGCGUACGGGACCGUGCCCGUGGUGCACGCCGUCGGCGGGCUCCGGGACACGGUGGCGCCCUUCGACCCGUUCGGCGGCACCGGGCUGGGGUGGACGUUCGACCGCGCGGACGCCGGCAGGAUGAUCGACGCGCUCGGGCACUGCCUCAACACGUACUGGAACUACAAGGAGAGCUGGAGGGGCCUCCAGGUCCGCGGCAUGUCGCAGGACCUCAGCUGGGACCACGCCGCCGAGCUCUACGAGAACGUCCUCGUCAAGGCCAAGUACCAGUGGUGAUGCGCUCGCUGAUGCUGACGCCUCUCCUGCAAUGCAUGCACGUACUUACGGGACCGCCGGAAUCGGGGCCGACGAUCACGAUCACUGGCGCCCCGGAGUAGCCAAGGGUCACGCGAUGCCACCGGCGGCAGCCGGACGACGGUGGAGGUAGAGGUAGUGAACCGUGCCCGUGGCGCCACCCAACUUUUGGGUUCACGGGUUGUAUACACCAGUUCAGUCGGGUUCGUGGCGUCUGUGGAUUACCGAGUCGUAGGCGAUCAAAUAGGAAGUUGCAGAGUCUGUAUACUGCCAAUUUUCUCGGCUCUUGGUGUGGAAAAACACAGUUCUGAGAAGGUUCAUCACUGGAUGCUGACCACGUUCUGUUUCAUGCUCCCUCGGUUUCAAAGUAAUUGAAGUUGUAGGAAUAUUCUAAGUCAAA